GUUGGUGCGUUUCCCUUUCUUCCCCUCUUUGAAAAAAUAGACCGUUGGGCCUGUAAGUCACUUACAGGAUAGUGACUUCUCACCCCCUGUCCCUGCUCCCUGCAGUUGCCUGGAAGAUUUUCCUAUAAGUGACUUACAGACCAUGAAGACGAAGAAUGAAAGAAAAAUGCAUAGACCAAGAUGAUAAAAGAAAAAAAUGAAGAAAGAGAAAAGAAAGAGAGGAGAAAAAAAAUAGCAGAGGCAACAAGAUGCUGAAGUUGAAAUUCAACAGAUUCCUACCAUUACUGACCCCUCAUAGGAUGCAAUUCCAAUGUCUCCUCUCUCACAAGUACUCAACAACUACUCCCACGUCUUCACAGGACCUGCAAAAGCUAUGUGAAAUUGUUUCAGGAGGCGUUGGGAAUCUCGACGACCUGGAAGCAUCUCUUGAACAUUCAAAUCUGAACAUCACCCCAGAGAUUGUUACUCUUGUCAUAGAUUACUGCAAAGCCCAAGCACCCAACCGAAGGCUCCUUAGGUUCUUCUCUUGGUCUCGGAAAAUACCCAACUGUGAUAAACUAGGAGACGGGACAUUCAAUCAAGUAAUCCAGAUAUUCGCUGAAAAGAAAGACCUCAUGGCCAUGGAUAUUUUGAUCUCAGAUCUCCAAAAAGAGCAUCGAAGUAUGGAUUCCAAAACAUUCAGUUGUGUUGUAGAGAGCCUUGUGAAAUCAGGCAGAGAAGAUGAAGCUUUGCGCCUUUUCAAGAACUUGGAUAAGUUCAAUUGCUCGAAAGAUAGAAUUAGCUUGUCUGUGAUUGUUCAUGCCCUUUGCUCUAAAGGGCAUGCUAGAAUGGCCGAAGGUGUUGUUUGGCGCCAUAAGAAUAAAAUCCCUAUAGAGCCUUGCAUUUACGAUAGCCUCCUUCAUGGAUGGUGUAUUCACGGUAAUGUCAAGGAAGUUCGUAGAAUUGUUGAUGAGAUGAAAUUAUUGGGAAUUUGUCCGGGCCUGCUUUCAUAUAAUGCUUUCCUCAGGUGCAUUUGUGAUAGAAAUGUUAAAUUCAAUCCCUCAGCGCUUGUUCCGGAAGCUACCAAUUUGAUGAUGGAGAUGAGGACUUCUGGCGUUCAUCCAACUGCAAUUAGCUUCAACAUCUUGCUCUCUUGUUUGAGUAGGACGAGGAGAGUAAAGGAAGCUUACCAAAUUCUCCAAUGGAUGAAAGAAAGAGGUUGUUCUCCCGAUUGGGUUAGCUAUUAUAUUGUUGUGAGGCUUUUUUAUUUGACGGGAAGGUUUGGAAGAGGGAAUAGGCUCGUCGAUCAGAUGAUUGGAGAGGGGUUGAUUCCUAAGGCGAGGUUUUACCAUGAUUUGAUUGGCGUUCUUUGUGGAGUGGAGGAAGUGAGGUGUGCUCUUGAGAUGUUCGAGAGAAUGAAGAAGAGCUGUGUGGGUGAUUAUGGGCCGGUAUAUGAUAUGCUGAUACCUAAGCUUUGUAGGGGUGGAGAGUUUGAUAAGGGCAGGCAUCUUUGGGAUGAGGCAGUUGAGAAGGGCAUCACUCUUCAGUGCUCAAGUGAUAUUCUAGAUCCAGCAAAGACAGAGGUAUUUAAACCAAAAGGGAGAGCGGAAAAGGGGAGCCUUGAGGAUUCCAGGAGGGUGGUGAAAAUGCAGAAGAAAUGCAUUACGAAUGUGAAAAGGAUGAGUAAGAAGAAAGCUUCUUCAGCGUAAUUGCCACCUGAAGACUGGACAGGCCAGAUUUUGGGCCAAGGAACAUUUACAAUGGGGACUGCCAUGUGAAUCAACCAAACCAUCUUGUGCACGUACCAUGCUGGCAAAUGUGUCGCACGUGUGCUGCACGUGAAGAUUGACAUUACUCCAGAUUAAAUGAACUCAGGCCAUGUACAAAUUCCUGUGCAAAGGUUUUUUUUUUUUUUUUUUCCAAGUUACUGAUCAUAUUCAAAAUCCUCUGCUUUUUCGCUUGUACAUGCAUUUGCAUCACAGUGUAAGCAGUCUAAUUCUGUAACUCCAUCACGGCCUACCAAGCUGAUCAUAACUCGAAGAUUCUGAUUUUGAAAAUUUUCUGGUAGAUUUGCACGUCAAUGUAAAAGUAGAAAAUGUGGCAAUCAGGUGAAGAAAACGCAGUCUGUAAGUCUAUCCAAAACGAUUAGGCAGGUUUCUGAAAGACUGAAAUGAAGCAAUCUUGAGAUAUAAUUUGGAUGGUGAAAAGGGUUGCUGUGCUGAACUGUCAUUUGGUAAAAAUUGCUACCUCGGAAGCUAAAGCAUCUCAGGAUAGAUCUGGUCUUGUCCACUACCAGCCUGAUCGAUGGCUGGAAAACUGGUCUGGGAAUUGAGGUCGUGCAUUGAAUCGAUUUCAUAUGGAUGCUAAAUGCUGGUAAUUCACAUCUAAUUGUCAUUAACAUUUAGCAGU